AUGUGCUCGGCAGGGAGGCGGCAGCGAGUCCUGCUCUGGGGCGUCCUGCUGGCGGCCUGGGAGGCGGCGUGGGGGCAGCUGCGCUACUCGGUGCCCGAGGAGAUGCCCAAGGGCUCGUUCGUGGGCGACGUGGCCAACGACCUGGGGCUGCAGCUGCCGGCGCUUCCAGACCGCGGCAUCCGCGUUGUCACUGAAGGUAGGACGCAGUAUUUUGCUCUGCAUGGGAAGACGGGACAUUUAGUGACGGCCGAGAGGAUCGACAGAGAGCAGCUGUGCCGGCUGGUGGAGAAAUGCGUGCUGCGCUGUGAGCUGAUAGUGGAGGGGGAAAUGCAAGUAUAUGGUAUUGAAGUAGAAAUCAUGGACAUUAACGAUAACGCACCCAGCUUCAAAGAAAUUGAAGUGGAGGAGAGGAUAAGCGAGACGACAGUGCCGGGAUCGCGGUUUCCCUUGGCCGAGGCUCAUGACCCGGACUCGGGACAGAAUUCCCUGCAGAGCUACGAGCUGAGCGGCGACGAGCACUUCUCGCUGGCCGUGCAGACGGGCCCCGACGGGGAUCAGCGUCCCGAGCUGGUGCUGGCGAAGGCGCUGGACCGGGAGGAGGCGGCGUUCCACGAGCUGGUGCUGAGGGCGAUCGACGGUGGUGAUCCGGCCCGGACGGGCACGGCGCGGAUCCGCGUGACGGUGCGGGAUGCGAACGACAACGCGCCCGUGUUCAGCCAGGCGGAGUACACGGUGCGUGUGCCCGAGGACGUACCCGUGGGCUCUGUCCUCGUCACCGUCACGGCCACUGAUCCUGAUGAGGGGCUGAAUGGGCACGUGAAAUAUUCGAUGAAGAAAGCGAAGGACAUGGCAUCACAUAUUUUCCAUGUAGACGCCGAGACUGGAGAGAUCACACUAUUGCAAAGCUUUGACUUCGAGGAAGGCAACUUCUACGAACUGGAGGUGCAGGCUCGCGAUGAUGGCGACCUUUUCGACAUGGCCAAAGUUUUGAUUACUGUCACAGACAUAAAUGACAAUGUGCCAGAGAUUUCGGUGAGGUCAGCACUAAAUGAGAUUUCUGAGGACGCCCCGUCAGGAACGGUGGUGGCCCUGCUGCACGUGCACGACCACGACUCGGGGGCCAACGGCGAGGUGCGCUGCUCGCUCGACGGGAAUGUCCCGUUCCGCCUGGAGAAGUCCCUCGAGGACUACUACCGCGUGGUGACAGCGAGAGAGCUGGACCGGGAGCAGCAGUCGGAGUACAACGUGACGGUGCGGGCGUCCGACGGCGGGUGGCCGGCGCUGCAGAGCAGCAGGGUGCUGGCGCUGCGGGUGCUGGACGUGAACGACAACCCGGCCGAGCCGGCCGCCAGCCUGACGCGCUGGCUCGUGCUGGCCGUGGCCGCCGUCUCCUGCCUCUUCCUCGCCUUCCUGCUGCUGCUGCUGGCGCUGCGCCUCAGGCGCUGGCGCCGCUCGCAGCAGCAGCAGCAGCUGCUGGCCACGGCCGGCGCCGCCUUGCGCGGCGUGCCUGCCACGCGCUUCGUGGGCAUCGACGGCGUCCGCGCCUUCCUGCACUCCUACUCGCACGACGUGUCUCUCACGGCCGACUCGCGCAAGAGCCACCUGCGCUUCUCGGCCGCCAGCUGCUGCGACACCCUCCCGGCCCGCCCGCCGCCCGACGAGCCCGCCCCGCUGCUCGGCGACGAGGAACCUGCCAGUGACAGUCCCGCUGAUCCCGCCCCUGCCCCGGUGAGUUCCUGUGGCCAGUUUGUCUCUGCGAAGAGACCGUCUAGGAUAGUUUGCUGA